AUGUUUGCUUCAAGAGCAGUCAGAAUAUCUGCGCAGGCCGCACGUGCUUUCGGCACAAAGACCCCGACCGUGGCCAUUCUCCACCAGGCCAUUGACCCACCAGUGAUCAAUGGCGUCACAAAGCCUCGCAAGCCGGGUGGCUAUCAAGAUUCCGGCGCGGACAUUGCUUUCACCCUUCAGCAGAAGGGUGUGAAAAUCAUAAAGUCAGAUCCCGCGGUGUCAGUCUCCUCUCAUAAAGGCUGGGCGUUCCCGGACACGGAGGAAGGCAUCUGCAGCGCGAUUCAUCAGGGCGCUACGCAUCUCUGGGCUAACACCAUACUUGUGAAUUCUCACCCGCUUCAAACAUCUUCAAAGCUCACGCCUUUGGCCUCUGAGAUCUAUGUCGUCGGCCAGCCGCCAAGUCUUGUCGAAGACUUUGAUGACAAGGCCUAUCUGAACGAUAAGCUACGGGAGCUGGGGAGAUAUACUCUGCCAAGCUCGUGGCUUGUCAGUCCCAAAGAUUUCAGUGAAGUUAUCAAUAAGAUCAAUUCGUAUCCAAUUGUUGGGAAGCCCAUUCGAGGACGCGGUAGCCAUGGAGUGAAAGUGUGUCACGAUAAGACCCAACUACAGCAACACAUCCAAACCCUCCUUCAUGAAUCGCCACUGGUCAUGCUCGAGGGGUUUCUCGCCGGUGAGGAGGCAACCAUAACCGUUAUGCCUCCAACCAGGGAUCGUCCCCAGCACUGGAGCAUGCUCCCCGUCACACGCUUCAACCACGCCGAAGGCAUCGCCCCUUACAAUGGUGUCGUCGCCGUGACUGCCAAUUCCCGAGCCAUCUCACCAAACGAGCUCAAAGAUCCGGCUUACGGAAAGGUAAUGCGUGAAUGCGAGAGUGUCGCUGCUCUCAUCGGUGCUACGGCGCCAAUUCGCGUCGACGUCCGCCGGUUCGCGGAGGGAUCGGACUUUGCCUUGUUUGACAUAAAUAUGAAGCCGAACAUGACUGGCCCAGGUCGACCGGGGCGCCAAGACCAGGCGAGUCUCACGGCCAUUGCUGCGUCAGCGAUGGGGUGGGAUUACAGCACCUUGCUGCAGAAUAUCCUGAUGGGAGCGCAGCCAUUGAAUGUGUUUAGAAACUACAAAAGUCCGUUUUAG